UAUGUUCGCAUUAUCUAAUACCAUUAUCUGGAAUCCGUUUGUGUGCUGAUAAGCAACUCCCUGCGUCACUAGCUGAGCUCCUCUCACUUCGCCUCCGUCGUUGCUGCCGUCAAGAGGUAAUUAUCACUUUCACAACCAAAAUGCCUAGAAAAGUGUUCGUUGUCGGGGUCGGUAUGACCAAGUUCAUCAAACCCAACUCUGGCCCGGAUUACCCAGAUUUGGGUAAGGAAGCGGUUUUGCAAGCUCUUGACGACGCCCGUAUUAAAUAUGACGAUGUGCAGCAAGCGGUAUGUGGCUACGUGUUCGGCGACUCGACUGCAGGCCAGCGAGUACUGUACCAGGUCGGUAUGACCGGAAUACCAAUAUACAAUGUAAACAACAACUGUUCCACUGGUUCCACGGCUCUCUUCCUCGCCAAACAACUUGUCGAGGGUGGUAUGGCCGAUGUGGCCUUGGCUGUAGGGUUCGAGAAAAUGUUACCAGGCGCGCUUGGCGGUUCUGCGUACCCCGACAGGACCAACCCAAUGGAUAAACACACACUCAAAAUGGCGGAGAUGGCUGAGAUCACUGCUGCUCCCUUGACACCACAGUACUUUGGUAAUGCUGUGAUGGAGCAUAUGAAAAAGUACGGCACUACUGAGUUGCAUCUAGCAAAGAUUGCUGCUAAGAAUCACAGACACGGCGCCAAGAAUCCACGAGCUCAGGGAAGGAGGGAGUAUACUGUUGAGGAAGUGUUAAACUCUAGAAAGAUUUAUGGGCCACUUACUAAGUUGGAAUGCUGCCCCACAAGUGACGGGGCUGGUGCUGCUGUCCUCAUGUCAGAGGAGGCAGUGAUCCGAUAUGGCCUUCAGGAGAAAGCCGUGGAAAUUAUUGGCAUGGAGAUGGCAACUGACACACCUGCUGUUUUCCAAGAAAACAGCUUGAUGAAGGUUGCAGGUUAUGAUAUGACUGGGCUGGCUGCAAAGAAAUUAUACAAGAAUACUGGUGUUUCACCUAUGCAAGUAGAUGUUGUUGAGUUGCAUGAUUGUUUUGCAGCCAAUGAGCUGAUUACGUAUGAGGGUCUACAGCUGUGUGGGGAGGGCCAGGCGGGCAAGUUCAUUGAUGCUGGAGACAACACAUAUGGUGGUCGAGUUGUGGUCAACCCCAGUGGUGGGUUGAUUGCGAAAGGACAUCCUCUAGGAGCCACUGGUCUAGCUCAAUGUGCAGAGCUGGUGUGGCAACUGCGAGGAGAGGCUGGAGACAGACAGGUACCUCGCGCGAGAAUUGCUCUUCAACACAACUUAGGACUCGGAGGAGCCGCCGUUCUCACAAUGUACCGCAAAGGAUUCCAGAAUUCCUCCCCCAAUCAGGUAGCAGCCAUCGCUAGCGAUCCUAGCGACUUCAAGGUCUUCAAAUAUAUGCAGAUACUCCAGGAAGCCAUGCAGACAGAUGAAGACAACUACAUCGAAAAGGUCAGAGGCAUCUAUGGCUUCAAGGUCAAGAACGGCCCAGGAGGCAGUGAAGGUUACUGGGUUAUCAACGCCAAGGAAGGGAAGGGUAAAAUUACGUACAACGGUAAAGAGAAACCAGACGUUACCUUCACAAUCAGCGACGAAGAUGUUGCUGAUUUGAUUUCUGGAAAACUAAACCCUCAAAAAGCCUUCUUCCAGGGCAAGAUUAAAGUCCAAGGGAAUAUGGGUCUCGCCAUGAAAUUAACAGAUUUGCAGCGUUCUGCAGCUGGAAAAAUCGAAACCAUUCGUUCCAAAUUGUAGUCGGUUCAAAAUUUGUGAUUGUGAGAUUUUACUGGGUAUUAAUGGUUAUGGAUUAAGUUAGGCGUUAAGGUACGGGGCAUUUGUAUUAAGCUGUACUCUUCUCUCUAACCUCUUGACGGAAGCAUUGAUUUAUAUCUGUCACAAAUCUACGUUCUUGGCAUAUACCUAUGGGUGCAAUAAACAUUUUGUUGUAGAUAUUUUAUAUGUACGUAUUU